ACGAACACGCGCACAACACACACGCUCUCAUCUCCCUCCCCAGUACCAGCACCGAGAUAGUUACCUACCUCUAACUUCCGCACAAAUCCAAUCCAUCUUGAUCCUUACAUCGACCCACCCAAUCCCUCCUCUCCACUACCCCCAGUUCGCAUCUAUCCCAACUCAGCAAUAUUCGUCGGAAAAAAAAGGAAUCGAGGAUAGCCACUUACAGCGUCAUCGCCCACUCAUCCUACUAGUAGGCACCGCGCCAGUCGUGCCGCGUCAUCGAUUAUCGUUCAAUCAUCUGCAACUACAUACACAUCGCACAACAUGCAUCCCCCAACUCCCAGAAGCACUCCGUCGCCGACCACAGAGAAGGAGCCGUCGAAAUCGCCAUUGCCGUCGUACGUAUCGCCGGCACCGUCAUUGCAAUCAUCAAAGAGCCCGUCGGUUGCGUCGGAAUCGUCAUCCCAUCAACGCAAACGUCAGCGAAUCGACAAUGGAUCGUCGCGAACUCCCUCGCCUGCACCCUUGACGCCUCCACACUCAUCCCAUGCAUCGCCCGUCCCCGAGUCGCCUGCCGCCCCCUACCAACUCCCCAAGCCGCGCGCAAACUUCAACUCGCUCUCGCCGGAACUCCAGAAACACAUCAUCACCGACUUGGUCGCGCUGACGGUGACACCGCUCGAGGAAAUCCCCGACUAUGCGUCCACCCAACAGGACCCCCGUUACAUGAACCAGCCCAUGCUCAUGCUCCUGCAUCGUUACCGAGUCCUGACCAAGCUAUCGACCGUCAACUCGUUCUGGCGCGCAACCAUCGCGCCGAUGAUUGCGCGCGGACCCCGGAUCGUUGUCAGUGCGCGCGAGCUAAGCGCGUUGGCGGGAAACGAGUACGACAUCCCGGGCAAGACGGUGAUUCGCCCCCUAGUGCCCCGCAACGCGUGGUAUGGCAGCUAUCAGCCAAGCAACGAUGGACUUCCCAAGAGAGUUCGCACCAAGAACUCGGCGUCUAUAGAUACGCGAGAGGCCGUUUGCUGGAUGACGAACCUACCGUGGAGGCAGGAUAAUUCCGAGAUUGGCCAGAGAUGGCCGCGUUGGUAUAUCUUGGACUGCAUGCGUUACGAUCUCGAAGACCUGAAGGUCGAGAGGCUGGGUCUUCUCGCGGCACAGCAAGCGCUGCUGGCCGAUGCUUUAAACGCAACGAUCCCGAAUCACGAAAGGAUCACUAAGCUCCACCUUGAAGUGCACCAUCCAAUGGGUUUUGUGCGCCCCUUUGAAGAACGGUUUGAGAAUCUCUACCGUCACUCCCCCGAGACGCAGCACCUUUGCCCACGUUUGCUCUACCACAAGGACACGCUUGAGUCCCUGUCGUUCCGCAACGUCGCCAUCUGCUCCACGCUCGAGCCAAUGGCGUUUACGAGACUACAGAACCUGGAUCUCUACUUCGUCAACAACUGGCCUGGCCUGUGCCAGGACCAUUUCCCGGAUCCGCAUGAUCGGGAGUACAAUUCGAUCGCUGCUGAGGUCGACGGUCUGUACUACACGUUGAGAAAACUGAUCUGCAACAAGCCACACGUCCGCGUUUGGGUGGCGACGACGUUCGAUCGUCAGAACCCCAAGACCAAAGACUACGUGUGCGAUCACGCACUCCUCAUACACAGCCACAAUGGGCAGACGUUCCUCAACCCCAACGAGACGGAGUACUGGUGGCUCAUCAGGGACGGAGCUCUUCCGGUCCCGGAAGAAGAUGAGGAGGAAGACUACAGCGAUGCCGAUUGGGUCGAGGACGAGGUCAUCUCGAUCAAAGAUGACGACGAGGACGAAGACACCGAGCAGGCGGACGAAGGGGAAGAAGAAGAUGAAGACGGAAAGGCAAAGGGCCGCCGUCCCACUACCCGUGCGAGCGGAAGUGAGAGGAAGAUUGCGCCCGCGCCCGCUGCUGCUCCUGUAGCAACGCAGGCUCACAGGCCGUUGAAGAUCCGUUGAUGAUUGGGGACGAGCACCAUCAUAUCUGUGAGGCAUGAUUUGAAAAUUUGGGGUUGGGUUUGGGGUUGGGGCUAGGCUAGGUUGGGUUGGGAUUAGACCGGUGUUAUGGCGU